UUAAUGCAUGCCAGGAUCCCCUUGGCCUUCUUGGCCAUAAGGGCACACUGCUGGCUCACGGUCAACCUGUUGUCCACCAGGAUCCCCAGGUCCUUCUCUGCAGAGCUCCUCUCCAGCAGGUCGUCUCCCCGGCCCCUACUGAUCCAUGCGGUUGUUCCUUUCCAGGUGCAGGACUCUACACUUGCUCUUGGUAAACUUCAUUUGGUUUCUUCCUGCCCAGCUCUCCAGGCUGUCCAGGUCUUGCUGAAUGGCAGCACAGCCUUCUGGUGUGUCAGCUACUCCUCCCGGCUUUGUAUUGUUGGCGUACUUGCUGAGGGUGGACAUUAUUCCCUCAUCAAGGUCGUCAAUGAAGAUGUUGAACAAGACCGGACCCAGCACUGACUCCUGGGGAACACCGCUUCACACAGGCCUCCAGCUGGACUCUGCGCCACCAAUCAUCACCCUCUGAGUUCGGCCAGUCAGCCAGUUCUCAACCCACCUUACUGUCCACUCCUCUAUCCCACACUUUUGCAGCUUUGCUAGCAGGAUGUCAUGGGAGACAGUAUCAAAAGCUGUGCUAAAGUCAAGGUAGAUGACAUCCACUGCUCUCCCCCCACCUACUCAGCUGGUGAUGCCAUCAUAGAAGGCAACGAGGUUGGUCGAGGACAACUUCCCCUUGGUGAAUCCAUGCUGACUACUCGUCAUAACCUUCCUUCUCUUACAGUUGCUUGGAGAUGGCAUCCAGAACAUGCUGUUCCAACACCUUUCCAGGGACAGAGCUGCUGCCACCAUGAUGUGCAAGGCAGGGCUGAUCACCCCAGAGCCCUCCGACCCCAUGCAGUACUAUGGCGAAUCAUCUGAUACCUACUACCACAUGGACCGCUGGCAGAGGCUGCGCACAGCUGUCAGGAAGCUGGAGUUCUGGGAAAACUUCAACACUGAACUUAUAGGUAGUGGCUUCUUCUCCGAGGUCUACAAGGUGACCCAGGCUGCUGCUUGUAAAGUGAUGGUGGUGAAGAUCUACAAGAACAACGUGGACCAAGAGGUGAUUGUACGUGAGAUCAGCCUGCUGCAGAAGCUGUCCCACCCUAACGUUGUCAGGUACCUUGGGAUAUGUGUGAAGGAUGACAAGCUGUACCCCAUUCUGGAGUACGUGAAUGGGGGCUGCCUGGAAGACCUUCUGGCCAGCAAAGACAUCACUUUGACGUGGAAGGAGAAAGUGGACUUAGCUUCUGACAUUACCAGAGGCAUGGUCUAUCUGCACUGCAAGAACAUCUACCAUCGAGAUCUCAACUCCAAGAACUGCCUCAUUCGAGUGACACCACGGGGCCGUGAGGCACUGGUGACUGACUUUGGGCUGGCCAGAGAGGUGGUGGAGCUGCCUGUGAAGGAUGUGGAGAGGAAGCUUUCUCUGGUGGGCUCUGCUUUCUGGAUGGCUCCUGAGAUGCUGCGGGGAGAGCCCUAUGACCAGAAGGUAGAUGUGUUUUCCUUUGGUAUUGUCCUUUGUGAAAUCCUGGGCAGGAUACCAGCUGAUCCCGAAGUGCUUCCCAGGACUCAGGAUUAUGGCUUGGAUGUUGCUGCCUUCCAAGGGAUGAUCAGUGAAUGCCCCAGGCAGGUGAUGGACCUUGCUGCUAGCUGCUGUCGGGUGGAAGCGUUUAAGAGGCCAUCUUUCUCCGAAAUCCUGGAUGAGUUGGAGGAUGUUGCAGAGAGCCUGGAGCCUAGGAGGGAAAAUCAGCGUUUGGGCUGAGCUGUGGGCCUCCUGUGAGGCCUGGUGGAGUAUUGCAUGAACUGUAAAUCAACUGUCUUGGAGGGUCAGGAGUGAAGAAGGAAGGUGGGAAAGAGAACAGCCAAGUGACGUGCUGGUAUUUAAUUAUAGUCUCUGUCUCUAAUUUCUGGGUUGGAAAAAGUGGUUAAAAAUGGAGAAGGGAUUUAACAAGGGUAUAUAUUUCUUAGGUAGGUUUUUAACAGAUAUAAUUCAGACUCAAGCAGCCUUUGUUCGUUUGCUUGUUAAAAGCACAUGAUCCUGGAGGGACAGGUCAGGGACCUGAACUCCCUUGCAGAUGCUUUCCAAAUACCCAACAGAAAUGUAGUUCUCUCCUGCCUCCAUGUGCCCCCUGGACUCAGGGUCUUCCCCUUCCAUACCCCCUCUGGCCUUGGGGAAUAUCCUCUAAGGAGGCUGUGGUCCUUAUGGUGUGAAGGAAUGGGGCUUCGGCACACUCAGUGAGCCUCAGGGUUGCCUUAUAUUCCAAAGCCUUACAACACCCUUCUGGUAGCCUUGCAAGGACAGGUACAUUCUAAAUCUCUGACUAGGUUCCUUGACAUUGUACGCAGGACUCAUCAGUAUCAGGCAAAGUUUUGGAGUGCUGGGACUAUCCACAGGGUGCUGAACUGCACCAGGCUGAGGCAAUGGGCAGGGUGUGCCUUCUCAAGAUAUGAAUUAACCGAUUAAUAUCUCCUAUCAUAAAAGCUUUGUCAGGCACAUGCCAUGUCAGAGUUGUCCCAGUAUUGUACCAGUAUGGAUUUCUCCCCACUGUCCUCAGUCUGGGUUCAGAGAUGGGAGUCUGUGUUCGGGAGUCUGUCUCCCCACCUCUCAUCCUGCUGCAAAUACAUGGCGACAAGCACAGUGCCAAGAGCUUGUGAGGCCAAAGCAGGGGGAAUUGGGUCUGGCAUUAUGCAGUAUGUCACCUAUUCCUCUGCCUGGUUGAGCAUCCCAUUGCCUCUCCAGCGGCUAGACACCCUUGUGGUUCUAACCUAGGUUCUAACCUAGACUCCCAGGGCUCAUGCAGCCAUUAAAGGAUUUUCUUCUGAUACUUUCUUCUGUGUUUUCUUCAGUGGGCUGGAGGACGAUUUCUAGGUCUGUAGAUCCAAAAGAGAGAUGGAAAGAAUGAUGUCAAGAAAUGGUCUGGCACUGCAAAUUAAGAGAAAGAGUUGAGCAGACAAGUUCGUGUCUCUAGAUCAUCUGAUGGCUGCACCAUCAUCAUGAAAGACAGGUUCUACUCAGACCAAAAUUUUUGUGAAUGUAAAUAGGCAUAUUGCCUGUAUAGUGGUGGAGCAGUGGCUCUCUUCUUGUAGACUGUAAUCUCUUGGAGCAAGGAUCCUUCGUUUGUCCAUGAAAAAGUAAUUGUAUAGUGUAUAACCCAAUGGAGCUUUCAGCCUUGUGGGAGGAAUGAUGUGCUCUCACAUAGUGCUAUAGACCUACAUGUGGGUCUUAUCUCAAGCUCUUGAAGUAGAAUUUGGUGUCACAUAUGGCCCAACAUCUCUGUGUUGUGGUGCUUGUACAAGGGAGUGUCAGUAGUGUGCCAGGACAGAGAUGUUGUGGAGGAGUGGUGCAUUUUCCGUAGGGAUUUCCUUAUGAUCAGGACCUGACAUAAAAUGCACUGAAUGGCACCAGAAUUAUUGUCUCAACCACACCUCCAGAGAACUUCUCAUUCCCCAGAGCUGCCAUCAUGCUGUUGACAUCUGUGCAGAAGAAACCUCCUGCUCAACAGUAAAACUACUCAUCAGAAAUCUUCCUCCCAGCUUCAUACUGCCAGCAGCAAGGAGCAAAGCCUUGAGAAGUAGAAUGGAAUGGAAUCCAGGGAUGGAAUCAAUCAUCUUCCAAAACUAUGGAAUCCCGUGGGUCUCAUCACGAGGGGGUUAUUCAAAACAGUAUGUGUUUCUCUCCAUAAGGUCUAGGCUAUUCCUGGAGGUGGUUCAGUAAAUAUACCCCUCAAGACCUAAGAUAGCCCCUGAUACAAUGACCCUUCCAAUUUAAGGAUAAGCUUGUUUUCUAGCACACCCAUCUCCACAUAGCCAAUAGAAUCCUUUUUGUAGCUUGCAAAUUUGCAUGAGAGACUUGAGGCUGUGAGAUCCUGAGUUUGUAUCCUUUUUAUCAGCACAUAUUAUGACACCUACACCAUAAUCUCUAAUUUUAGUAAGAUUAGAAGUUCCUACAUAUUCUGCCAUAAUACAGUUGUCAAGUUCCUGGGCUUAAAUAACUAAGUGGACCUGUACCUAUGCAUGGGGUUUUAUCAUUUAAGCAUCUGGUGUAUGUUAAUAUUUUUGCAUGGGAUUAGUUUAUAUCUCCACCCUAGAUGUUCAUGAUCAUCCUUGCCAAAUCAAUAUGUUCCCUUUCUUGGGUGCGCAAAGGUCAAUGUCCAAUUCAUAAUUCUAGGUUGCCUCUAGGCAGCACUGGGGACUCCCAACAGUCAGAAAGGUUGAAACUAUCACUCACUGCCUGGGUGAGAUUCACAUAGGUAUUGUGCAUCCACUGUUCAGUUUUCUUGACCAAUGAUACCAUUAAUACUGUGAGAAAUGUAACCUUCCAGGUCAUACCUGAGUAACCUUCCAUGGGGUCUUGGGUGCCUUUUUCAUUUUGAUGUGAUGGAUCCGGGCAUUCUGCUGCUUGAUUCUGAUCCCUGUGACCUGGAAGAGUCCUUCCCAUUGAGGUUCCAAGGUCUUCUCUGCAAGAGACUAUACAAACACAUAAUCGCCAGGUCGUCUAUUGUGCACUGGUCCAUCUAACCCUCUGCCCGGAGUCCCACUCACAUGCUUUCCAAUUUCAUUAAGCUGUUUACCUAAGACCACCAUAUAGGAGGUUGUGAUUUCAUCCCCUACUUGUAUGGAUAUUCCUCUUUGUAUUCCAUAGGGUCAUCCAUUUAAGAUUUCAAAGGAGCUUAGCCCUUCCUUUGCCCUUGAUAUAUGCAAAAGGGCUAAAGGAAGAGACUGAGGCCAGACCAAACUUGCUUCUUGUCCCAGUUUCACAAUUUGCUGUUUGAUUUGUGUGUACUUCGGUAACACUAGUAUGAAGGGAGUUCUUUUGGUUUUAUUUAUCUGCUUGGAGGUAAGAAACCUACAAGUAUUACAGAUCCAUUGGAAUGUUAUUUUCUGCACAGAGGACAGCAUGAGCUGCAAUAAGCACCAAUACUUUUGAGCUGGCCAUAAAUGAGGGUGAUGCCAGAGAAUGCCAAAAACGCCAUUUUCAUUGGAAUUAGUUGUUUUAUCAGUGCUGGUGACUAAAGAUGGCAUGGAUGUAGGUGCUGUUCUGCCAUUGCUCACACAGUUAUAUUGUGUCCCAACAGUCAGAAAGGUUGAAACUAUCACUCACUGCAGGUCAAACCACCAGCAUUGUUCCCAGUUGCUUGGGCAUAAUGUGACAAUUAGUGUGAACCAUGAACCAUUGCCAGUGGGCCAUCAGGAAGUGCAGAUUGUUGUGAAGAGAGAAGGAGGCUGGUGGUCUGGACAGCUGGGCUGAGUCAUGGCAAUCUCAGAUAAGGGAACAAGCCUGCUCUAUCUUCUAGUAUAGGUAUGGCUGAUGAAACAAACUCUACAUGGCAUUUUAAGAGCAGUCACAAGGGUGGACUCAGAGAUGUGUUUCUACUAGGCUUGCCAUGUGUCGUACGGUUGGGACAUCCAGCCACAUGCUGAGUCUUAGGUGACCAAAGGAUAUCAGGCCUUUGCUAGAGGGACCUUUGGUUCCUGCUGCAAGGGCAAGUGGAACUGAGACUUAAGGUUCUGGAACUGAGUCUUAAGGUUCUGCGUGGAUGACAAAAGCUGAUAUUUGGAGGUUGCAGAGAACAGAGGUGGUCUGAGAAUUUGGUGCAUCUAGUUGACCAAGAGUUUCUCAUCACUGGUCAGAACUAGAGGGAAAAACAAGCACAGGAAACCAGCCUCAAUGCCCUCCAGCUGUGAUCCCCUUGCUUGGACUGGAGGGCCUGGCUUCUCCACACCAAUCUGACAAAGUCCAGGUAAUUAGUUGAAUUUCAUAUCUCUUUGUCCAGGCAACUGAAGCAACACCAAUGGUAGGUGGAGAGUCUCGAAGGCUUGACUUGAUCAGGACCUGAUCAGGAGCUGCCUCCUCUGCCUCUUGGCCAUUUGCUCUGCUGAUGCUGGCAACAUGGACCAGACAAUGCUGCACCCUAUGGGCCAUGCAUUUCCAUGUCCCUCAUUGUGUCUGUUUUUCAAUGCUAUUUGGAAAUAAAGAAAGAUUAGAGGUUCUUUACCACA